AUGGACCGUUCGUCGGAAAACGACGGCAAAGACACCGCUUCCGUCGCGGUACAGCGUAACGAACAACAGCCAAAGCGCUCUCUUCGUAAAAGAAUCGCCGCGGUAGUUUGGGAUAGUCUGGACAAGGACCCAGAGGAGCGCAAGUUCAUCGCCAAAAUAGAUUGGUGGAUCUUGAGCUACUGUUGUGUCGCCUAUUUCGUCAAGUAUCUCGACCAGACCAAUGUCAGCAAUGCAUAUGUAUCGGGAAUGAAGGAAGACCUGCAUCUGACGGGCAACGACCUCAACUACCUCACGACCUUCUUCAACAUCGGCUACAUCAUCGGCCAGCUGCCAUCCCAACUGAUCCUUACCCGUAUUCGACCUUCCAUCUGGCUGCCAACGCUUGAGCUCAUUUGGAGCUUUAUCGUAAUGGGCAUGGCUGGGGCGAAGAACGUCCAGACCAUGUGUGCGCUGCGCUUCCUCGUCGGCCUUCUCGAAGCCUCUGCGUAUCCCGGCAUCAUGACAUUGUUGGGCAACUGGUACACCCCGCAGGAGUUAGGAAAGCGAGCUUGUAUCUUCCAGGCAUCGUCUUCAAUCGCGCAAAUGUUUUCUGGUUACCUGCAAGCCGGGUUGCUCGCCGGCAUGGAUCACCGUCAUGGAAUCCGGGCGUGGCAAUGGCUCUUCAUCUUCGACGGUUUGUCUUCUAUUCACUUCGAUCUCCUCUCGGACCAAACGGCGACUAAGUCUCACGCAGGAAUCAUCGGCAUACCGGUCUGUAUAUACGGGUACUGGGCCAUCCCGGACCAACCGACAUCGUCUCGCGCCCGCUGGCUCAAGCCGAACGACCGGAGAAUGGCCAUCGGCCGCAUGGAAUCCUGCGGUCGAGAGCCCAUCCGCAAGCUCACCUGGCGCACUAUCAAGGACAUCGCCAAGGGCUGGCCCGUCUGGCUUUUCAGCGCCAUCUUCAUCGCCCACGUCCUCGGCAUCCGCAUCUAUGCAUACUUCAACGUCUGGCUCAAGUCGACAGGACUCUUCACCCCCGAAGAAGUCAACUUGAUCCCAACCGCAGGCUACGGCACGCAGGUCUUCUUCACGCUGACGUACGCGUGGGCAAGCGACGCCAUCGGCUUGCGGUGGCCGCUUGUGAUUGUCGCAUGCACCGUCGCCAUGACCGGAACCGUGAUCCUCAGCGUCUAUCCGGAGGACAACAUACCCGCCAUGAUGGCGGCGUGGAUCCUCACUUUUCUGGAGACCGGGGCCGGGGCGCUGAUCAUCACCUGGAUCAACGAGGUUUGUUCGCACUCGGCCGAGCACAGAGCCGUCAUCAUCGGCGUUGUGGAGACGGCCGCAUUCACGUUCCAGGCAUGGGUGCCCUUGCUGGUAUAUAACUCGGGGGAUGCGCCCAAAUUUCCCAUUGGCUACGAGAUGGCCACCAUGUUCUUUGGCCUGGAGAUCGUGUUGACUCUGGCGAUCCUGUGGUGUUCCAAGAAGUGGCCGGUUAGGAAGAUUGAACGAGUCGGCGAUAGCGAAUAG